AGAGAGAGAGAGAGAGAGAGCUGCUGCACCACAGCGGAAGUGCUGGGAAACCAGGAAACCGCAGGAAACACGACACUAGCUAUUAGUGUUAUUAUUACACUGAAACACACAGCUGCUAACUACCACAGCUAACCCAGCACCCUGAUACUCACACACAUCUGGGGGAUCAAUGGGGGGGUCUCCAAGCGUCCAGAUCCCUGGAGGAGGAAGUGAAGGCUACCACGUCCUCAGAGUGCAAGACAAUUCCCCCGGUCGCCGUGCAGGACUGGAGCCAUUCUUUGAUUUCAUCAUUUCCGUUUGUGACACUAGACUUAACAAGGACAACGACACCCUGAAGGAGUUGCUGAAGAUGAACGUGGAGAAGCCCGUCAAGAUGCUGUUAUACAGUAGCAAGACGCUGGCAGUGAGAGAGACAACCGUAACACCCAGCAACAUGUGGGGCGGCCAAGGACUUCUGGGAGUCAGUAUUCGCUUCUGCAGCUUUGAAGGAGUCAAUGAAAAUGUUUGGCAUGUUUUGGAAGUGGCACCAAAGUCUCCUGCAGCCCUGGCCGGUUUGAGGGCCCACGCCGACUACAUUAUAGGAGCUGACAGCUUCAUGAACGAGAGUGAAGAUCUGUUCUCCGUGGUUGAAACAACUGAGGGGAGGGAGUUGAAGCUGUAUGUUUACAACACAGAUGCUGACAACUGCCGCGAGGUGGUUAUCAUUCCAAACUGUGACUGGGGUGGAGAGGGCAGUCUAGGAUGUGGGAUUGGCUAUGGAUACCUGCACAGGAUACCUACACUGCCAAUUGAAGAGGACAAGAAAAUCAGUUUCCCUGCACAGACUCCCAGUGAACCAGUUACUUCACCUAAAGAUGACUUUAAAGAGGUCCAUCUCUCUGCUGUCACUCCAAACCCUCCAGUUGCUGUGUCUUCUUCUGCUUUGGCUGGAAUAGAGCAGUCUCUUGCCGGCUUGUCAGUCAGCUCUAACCUGACCACUGUUGUUAACAAACUACAGACAGGAGCCCCUCCCGUCCCACUGCCCAGCCACGUCCCCUCCUCACAAAGCACUCCCCUUUCUGUCAAUCCUGCUGCUAUACUACCAGGUUUAAUGCCCUUACCUGGAGGUCUCCCACCCUUUCCUCGUUUACCUAAUCUAAAUAUCACCUUGCCAGACGUGGGCCACGUAUUGCAACCUGGAGUUGGUGGAUUACAACAUACAGGUCUUCCACCUCUCACCCUGCCAGGUGUGGUCCCCGGUGUAACUCUGCCUCCACCUGACUUUGUUCUUCCCCCAAUCACUGCCAAUGCAUCGCCUGCUGUUACACUGGAUACCACAUAUCCCUCCUCCACUAUCCAAACGAACAGUUCACUUACCAGAACCUCCAUCCCAUCACCAGUGGCCACUUCUGAAACAUUAAAUAUCAGAAUGACUACAGACUCAUCUUAGCAGAGAGCCCUGUUAAAGGUUGUCAGCUUGCUCUUAAGUCUUAACACAAUAUAGAAGGUCUAUAAACUGCACCACUCCGUUGACAAACUGUUCCUACUCACUGCUGCGAUUGUUAUACGAGCUCCAGUAUCUCAAGUAUGCUGGUCUUCUUACAUGAAGUGUGUAUCCAGCAGCAGUCCUGCAUUUUAAGAGCAGUUUGUUGAUAGGAGUAGAAGAAAAAUUAUAAAAUUACAUUAAUCAAACCUCUCAACGGAGUUCCAAGUAUUCACUCCGUCACUCAAUAGUAAUACGUGUGCUAACACAAACUAUGUGGGCUUUUUGAGCUUGGCUCAAAAACAAAGUGUAAAAUAUAUGUGGGAAACAGGUUACUUUAAAGUGUGCAAGUCAGUAUCGUUGCAUCAAACUACCACGGAGCCCUUGAAAGGUCACAAUGGGAUUUUUUUUUUUUUCCUGUACUACUACUUUUGAGGUCCCUCGUAAUAUUUUUUGCAGUUAGUUUGUUGGGCCAGUCCAGUUCUAACACAGGGUGACAUAAUUGCUCAUUACUCCUCUCAAAAGGCCGAACUCCAACAGCUGCUCUGCUUGGCUGUGGUGGUUGAAGCUGUGGUUGUGGAUAUGAUUAUUGCUCGGACUACGGUUGCAGUUGAAUCUAUGAUGAUAUGACUGUGGCAGCUGCACAGUGACCACUCUUUACUGCUCUUGUUAACGAUGCUUUCUCAGCUAAGGCUAAGCCACAGAGGACUUGAACCGGCAUUGCUUAUAUCAGAUAUGACAUGCCUGUUACCUAAUACACCACAGGAGUUCAGGAUUACAGUAGCUUCAAUACAACGCUCAGCCACAACCAGGUCAAUACACUGCAAACAUACAACCCCUGCAUGUAGGUAGUGUUACCCAUAUUAUAGAUCAAUUUGUCACAGCCAUAGGUAGAUCCACAAUCACAGCAAUGGCCAAAGAUAUGUCAUCCCACAGCUACAGUCACAGCUACAGUACAGUUUGUCUCAAUCAGCCUUGGUAGCAGUCUGUGAAGGAGCUACGUCAACUAGCUCUGCUUGUUGUCUAUCCAUCUGCAACGAUAGACUUGUGCCUGAGCCACACACAGCUGAGGGUGAACCUGCACAAGGUGGUCACGAGCGGUCCACUAUAUACCACAUUCAUAAUACAGCUCAGCCUCUCGAUGGAUCAGAGGGAAUGCAAAAACAUAUUGCAAGGUAACAAAAAAAAGGAGUGGAGAGAAAAAAAAAAAAAAAAAAAAAAAAAAAAAAAAAAAAAAUCACACCAUGACCUUUCAGUGGCUCUAUAAACUACCGAAUGUCUUCAGGGGAAGGCGCAUCAGUGACUUAUGCUACUGGGGAUUUUCCUUUAGAAAAGCAGGUUUGCUUGCUGCAGCACUAUAGCCAUUAAAUAUAUUAAAUGGUUUCAAUUUUGUACAAAAAAAAUAAUUUGUAAAGUGAGAUAUCGUUACCUUGAUUAAACUAAUGUAUUUUAUUAAUCUCA